GCCGGCGCGUAUCGAUAGUGGCAGCGAUAACCCAGCGAUAACAAUUUCGGCAGGCUUUGCACAGAACGCUCUUUUCUGUAAAAGAUUUGGCAAUUUAGAUUUUAAAAUUGCAAAUAGCUUUGUUUGCAAUGUCCGAAAAUAAUGAAGCGUCAGUCGAAACUAACUGUUUCCGAGGUGGCUUCACCCUGAAGGCUUCUCGCCUGGGCGGUGCUGUUCUGCGACCGGCGGUGCUGGCCAACAGCAGCGGCUCCAACAAUAGUUCCACAUCCCCGGCCGCAGGGGAAGACAGCGCCCUGCUGAAUAAUCCGUUUCUGCGCGAGUCCAAGGACGAGGAUGAUGACGAGGAGGUGGUGGCCACCGGAUCUGCGGCAGCCGAGUCCACUGGCGACAAGGAGGACGACGAGGUGGACGAGCGGCCGGAUCCGCUGACCAAGCUGCGCAGCAAUGGCAUUGAGCGCUCCAGCAUGUUUGCCGCAGCCAAAAACAAUAUGCCUCAUGUCCAGUCCAGCGGCUUCGUCUUCGGCCAGAAUGUGCAUGAACGUGUGGUGGCCCCCAAUGCUGAACAGGUCACCGCUGAGCCGGAUGCAGACACGGCGGGCAGCUCGGGAUCAGCCCAGGAGGCUGCCUCCUCCUCCACAGCUGCUACGUCGUCGACGGCGCCAUUGCUCUUCUCAAGCGUCAUUCAGAACGCUGCCCAGACCACAGAGACCAGCGAGGCCGCUGCCUCCUCAUCAAUUUGCAGCAGCAGCAACAACAACAAGGAGUCCGCCGAGGCCAAGAGCCUGACAGACGUUGCCCGGGAGUACGAAGAGAGCCGCGCUCAGAAGCGCAAAUACGAGGAGGUUGAGACCUUCACCGGCGAGGAGGAUGAGAUCAACAUUAUCGACGUGAGCUGCAAGCUAUUCGCCUUUUUGAACAGCAACUGGGAGGAGCGAGGUCGCGGCAGUCUGCGAUUGAACGACGCCAAGGACGGGAGGGGCAACUCGCGCGUAGUGUUCCGCACUUCUGGCAAUCUGCGCCUGCUGCUCAACACCAAAGUCUGGGCCGCCAUGGUGGCGGAGCGGGCCGGCCAAAAGUCCCUACGACUAACGGCCAUCGAUAACUCUGGCGUUGUUAAGAUCUUCCUGGCCAUGGGCCGACCGGCGGACAUUGCCGAGCUACACAAGGCGCUCAGCGAACGGAUUGCCAAGCGCAAGGUCUCACAUCCCGAGGAGUGUUCCGUAGAGGAGGCGAAAAACGGCGUCGCCUCUGAGGCAGCGGCUAGCUUGCAGCCGGAGUCGACGACUCACGACGACGAUGAUGAGGAUGCUGCUCCCGGACCGUCAGGUGCCAUUUCAGCAGAGGCGGACAGCUACGGCCCGAGUCCCAAGAAGUUGAUUGUCCAGCCCGAUAGCAGUGCCGAUGUCCCUGUGCCGCCCGUUGAGGAGGGCGACGAGGAUGCCGAGGCCGAGGCCAAGGAGUCAACCGAUCAGAAUUAACCGCCGCUCGCUCUUGUUCUUUUUAUACGAUUCAUACAUGGAGAAAUACAACACUCACACAACAACCACUAAUUAAUAAAACGCGCCGUGAAUUAUUAUAAAUUAAUUAUAAUAAUUUAUUAAUAAUUAUUAUUAUUAAAAAUAAAAUGAAGUGCUGAUUUGUAAACCCGUGAGCAGCGUCUACAAAAGACAUUUAUCCAUUACGCUUUGUGUUUAUAUAUUUUUUUUGUUAAAAAUGAAAACCGAAAUUAAGAUAUCGAUAUCGAAUCGUACUCGCUCUAAUUAAACGUUUUAAUUUAGUCACUAUA